AUGCAAUCACGUAUAAUUUUUUUAAUUAUCAGGGUCGAUAUCAACGAGUGUACUACUGAUUUAGUCGAGUACAAACACAACUGUCAUCGGAAUGCCACUUGUGCUAACACGCAUGGUAGCUUCACGUGCACCUGUAUCUCGGUAUACACUGGAGACGGAGUUAGCUGUGUUGAUAUUAACGAAUGCGCUGUGAACAGUCAUAAUUGCCACCCAGACGCUACUUGUGAGAACACUGAUGGCUCAUUUACCUGUGGAUGCAACAACGGAUACGCUGGUAGCGGUAUUUACUGUACAGACAUAGACGAAUGUGCCAAAGGUACACACAACUGUCAUGCUGAUGCCAACUGUACCAACACCAAGGGAUCGUUCUACUGUACCUGUCAUACGGGAUACUCAGGAGAUGGAGUCACGUGUGUUGAUAUAGACGAGUGUGAACCAAAAGAACUAGCCCCUUAUCAUGAGCAUUACGCACACAACUGUCAUGUUGACGGAGUCUGUACCAACACCAAGGGAUCAUUCUACUGCACUUGUCAAACCGGUUAUACCGGAAAUGGAACCUAUUGUACUGAUAUAAACGAAUGUGAACCAACUUCUCUGGCUCCACAUCACAGUCACUACGCCCAUAAUUGUCAUGUAGAUGCUCAUUGCGUAAAUACCAAAGGAUCCUUUUAUUGUGCUUGUAAAGACGGAUACUCAGGAGAUGGAAUCACAUGUACAGACUUUAAUGAAUGCCAACCUGGAUCAUUGUCGGCAAAUUAUAGCAAAUUUGCUCACAACUGUCAUGAUGAUGCUAACUGUACCAACACCAAGGGAUCGUUCUACUGCACCUGUCAUACGGGAUACUCUGGAGAUGGUGUCACGUGUGUUGAUAUUAACGAAUGCCUUCCUGGACUUUUAUCACAAAAUCAUACUCAUUAUGCACACAACUGUCAUGCUGAUGCUAACUGUACCAACACCAAGGGAUCGUUCUACUGUACCUGUCAUACAGGAUACUCGGGAGAUGGAGUCACGUGUGUUGACAUAAACGAAUGUCAGACAUCAGCUCUUUCCCCCUACCAUGGUCACUACGCUCACAACUGUCAUGCUGAUGCUAACUGUACCAACACCAAGGGAUCGUUCUACUGUACCUGUCAUGUUGGGUAUUCAGGAGAUGGAGUCACGUGUGUUGAUAUCAAUGAGUGCCAUUCCACGGCCCUAGCGGUAUAUCAUGGUCACUACGCACAUAACUGCCAUGCUGAUGCUAACUGUACCAACACUAAGGGAUCGUUCUACUGUACCUGUCAUACGGGAUACUCGGGAGAUGGAGUCACGUGUGUUGAUAUCAAGGAGUGCCAGACCACAGCCCUAGCAAUAUAUCACGGUCACUACGCUCACAACUGUCAUGCUGAUGCUAACUGUACCAACACCAAGGGAUCGUUCUACUGUACCUGUCAGACGGGAUACUCUGGAGAUGGAGUCACGUGUGUUGAUAUCAAUGAGUGCCAGACCACAGCCCUAGCAGUGCAUCACGGUCACUACGCGCACAACUGUCAUGCUGAUGCUAACUGUACCAACACCAAGGGAUCGUUCUACUGUACCUGUCAUGUUGGGUACUCGGGAGAUGGAGUCAUCUGCAUUGACAUCAACGAAUGCCAAACCACAGCCCUAGCAGUGUAUCACAGUCACUACGCACACAAUUGCCAUGAUGAUGCUAACUGUACCAACACCAAGGGAUCGUUCUACUGCACCUGUAAUACGGGAUACUCAGGAGAUGGUGUCACGUGUGUUGAUAUCAAUGAAUGUAAGAUAACAGCUCUUGCAGUAUACCACAAUCACUACGCACACAACUGUCAUGCUGAUGCUAACUGUACCAACACCAAGGGAUCGUUCUACUGUAGCUGUCAUACGGGAUACUCUGGAAAUGGAGUCACGUGUGUUGACGUAAAUGAAUGUGCCCUUAAGGUACAUAACUGUCAUGCUGAUGCUAACUGUACCAACACCAAGGGAUCGUUCUACUGUACCUGUCAUACGGGAUACUCUGGCGAUGGAGUCACAUGUGCUGACAUAAACGAAUGUCAGACAUCAGGUCUUUCCUCUUACCAUGGUCACUACGCACAUAACUGUCAUGCUGAUGCUAACUGUACCAACACUAAGGGUUCGUUCUACUGUACCUGUCAUGUUGGGUAUUCAGGAGAUGGAGUCACGUGUGUUGAUAUCAAUGAGUGCCACUCCACGGCCCUAGCGGUAUAUCAUGGUCACUACGCACAUAACUGUCAUGCUGUUGCUAACUGUACCAACACUAAGGGAUCGUUCUACUGUACCUGUCAUACGGGAUACUCAGGAGAUGGUGUCACGUGUGUUGAUAUCAACGAGUGCCAGACCACAGCCCUAGCAGUAUAUCACGGUCACUACGCUCACAACUGUCAUGCUGAUGCUAACUGUACGAACACCAAGGGAUCGUUCUACUGUACCUGUCGUACAGGAUACUCAGGAGAUGGAGUUACAUGUGUUGAUAUCAAUGAGUGCCAGACCACAGCUCUAGCAGUGUAUCACGGUCACUACGCGCACAACUGUCAUGCUGAUGCUAACUGUACCAACACAAAAGGAUCGUUCUACUGUACCUGUCAUGUUGGGUACUCGGGAGAUGGAGUCACGUGUAUUGACAUCAACAAAUGCCAAACCACAGCCCUAGCAGUAUAUCAUGGUCACUACGCACAUAACUGUCAUGCUGAUGCUAACUGUACCAACACCAAGGGAUCGUUCUACUGUACCUGUCAUACGGGGUACUCAGGAAAUGGUGUCACGUGUGUUGAUAUCAAUGAAUGUAAGAUAACAGCUCUUGCCGUAUACCACAAUCUCUACGCACAUAACUGUCAUGCUGAUGCUAACUGUACCAACACCAAGGGAUCGUUCUACUGUACCUGUCAGACGGGAUACUCAGGAGAUGGUGUCACGUGUGUUGACGUAAAUGAAUGCGCCCUUAAGGUACAUAACUGCCAUGCUGAUGCUAACUGUACCAACACCAAGGGAUCGUUCUACUGCACCUGUCAUACGGGGUACUCAGGAGAUGGAGUCACGUGUAUUGACAUAAACGAAUGUCAGACAUCAGGUCUUUCCCCUUACCAUGGUCACUACGCUCACAACUGUCAUGCUGAUGCUAACUGUACCAACACUAAGGGAUCGUUCUACUGUACCUGUCAUACGGGGUACUCAGGAGAUGGAGUCACGUGUGUCGAUAUCAACGAGUGCUACUCCACAGCCCUAGCGAUAUAUCAUGGUCACUACGCACACAACUGUCAUGCUGUUGCUAACUGUACCAACACAAAGGGAUCGUUCUAUUGUACCUGUCAGACGGGAUACUCAGGAGAUGGAGUCACGUGUGUUGAUAUCAACGAGUGCCAGACCACAGCCCUAGCAGUAUAUCACGGUAACUAUGCACACAACUGUCAUGCUGAUGCUAACUGUACCAACACCAAGGGAUCGUUCUACUGUACCUGUCAUACAGGAUACUCAGGAGAUGGAGUCACGUGUGUCGAUAUCAACGAAUGUCAAACAACAGCUCUUGCCCCAUCUCACGGUCACUACGCACACAACUGUCAUGCUGAUGCUAACUGUACCAACACCAAGGGAUCGUUCUACUGUACCUGUCAUACGGGAUACUCUGGAGAUGGAGUCACUGUUUCAAACAUAAACGAGUGCCAAACCACAGCCCUAGCAGUAUAUCAAGGUCACUACGGACAUGACUGUCAUGCUGAUGCUAACUGUACCAACACCAAGGGAUCGUUCUACUGCACCUGUCAUACGGGAUACUCAGGAGAUGGUGUCACGUGUGUUGACAUAAACGAAUGUCAGACAUCAGGUCUUUCCCCUUACCAUGGUCACUACGCACACAACUGUCAUACUGAUGCUAACUGUACCAACACCAAGGGAUCCUUUUACUGUACCUGUCAUACGGGAUACUCUGGAGAUGGAGUCACGUGUGUUGAUAUUAACGAAUGUAGAAUAGGGAUCCAUAACUGCCAUGCCGAUUCUAAUUGUACCAACACCAAGGGAUCAUUCUACUGUACCUGUCAUGUUGGCUACUCGGGAGAUGGAGUCACGUGUUUUGAUAUCAAUGAGUGUAACUCCAAUGCUUUGGCACUAAAUCACAGUCAUUGUGCACACAACUGUCAUGCUGAUGCUAAUUGUACCAACACCAAGGGAUCGUUCUACUGUACCUGUCAUACGGGAUACUCAGGAGAUGGAGUCACGUGUGUUGAUAUAAACGAAUGUCAGACCACAGCCCUAGCAGUGUAUCACGGUAACUAUGCACACAACUGUCAUGCUGAUGCUAACUGUACCAACACCAAGGGAUCGUUCUACUGUACCUGUCAUACGGGAUACUCAGGAGAUGGAGUCACCUGCAUAGACAUCAACGAGUGCAAGACCACAGCCCUAGCAGUAUAUCACAGUCACUACGCACACAACUGUCAUGCUGCUGCUAACUGUACCAACACCAAGGGAUCAUUCUAUUGUACCUGUCAUACAGGAUACUCAGGAGAUGGAGUAAUGUGCCAAGAUAUUAAUGAAUGUCUUCCUGCACUUUUAUCAAAAAAUCAUGCUCAUUACGCACACAACUGUCAUGCUGAUGCUAACUUCUUACAAAGUGGUAUGAUCACAAUAUUGCAUUAUGCAGAUAUAAACGAGUGCAAGACAACAGCUCUAGCCCUUUACCACGGUCACUACGCACACAACUGCCAUGCUGAUGCUAACUGUACCAACACCAAGGGAUCGUUCUACUGUACCUGUCAUACGGGAUACUCAGGAGAUGGAGUGACAUGUGUUGACAUCGAUGAAUGCCACGCCAAUGCUCUGUCUCCUCGUCACAGUCACUAUGCUCACAACUGUCAUGCUGCUGCUAACUGUACCAAUACCAAGGGAUCGUUCUACUGUACCUGUCAUACGGGAUACUCAGGAGAUGGAGUCACGUGUGUUGAUAUAAACGAAUGCUUUCCGGCUGCUAUUUCAAGUAAAUAUAAACAUCUAUCGCACAACUGUCAUGCUGAUGCUAACUGUACCAAUACCAAGGGAUCGUUCUACUGUACCUGUCAUACGGGAUACUCAGGAGAUGGAGUCACGUGUGUUGAUAUCAACGAAUGUCGAACCACAGCUCUAGCUCCUUACCACGGUCACUACGGACAUAACUGUCAUGCUGAUGCUAACUGUACCAACACCAAGGGUUCGUUCUACUGUACCUGUCAUGUUGGGUACUCUGGAGAUGGAGUCACUUGUGUCGACAUCAACGAGUGCCAAUCCACGGCACUAGCAGUAUAUCACAGUCACUACGCUCAUAACUGUCAUGCUGAUGCUAACUGUACCAACACUAAGGGAUCGUUCUACUGUACCUGUCAUGUUGGGUACUCGGGAGAUGGAGUCACGUGUGUCGAUAUAAAUGAAUGUUUUCCAAAUGCUAUAUCCGAUCGCUACAAGCAUCUUAGUCACAACUGUCAUGCUGAUGCUAACUGUUCCAACACCAAGGGAUCGUUCUAUUGUACCUGUCAUACGGGAUACUCUGGAGAUGGAGUCAUGUGUGUUGACAUAAAUGAGUGCAAGACAACAGCCCUAGCCCUUUACCACGACCACUACGCACACAACUGUCAUGCUGAUGCUAACUGUACCAACACCAAGGGAUCGUUCUAUUGCACCUAUAUCAAUGAGUGUGAGCCAAAGGCACUUGCAUUGUAUCAUAAUCAUUAUGCACACAACUGUCAUGCUGACGCUAAUUGCACUGAUACAAAAGGAUCGUUCUACUGUACCUGUCAUACGGGAUACUCAGGAGAUGGAGUCACGUGUAUUGAUAUCAACGAAUGUAAGACAUCAGCUCUUUCCCCUUACCACGGUCACUACGCACAUAGCUGUCAUACUGAUGCUAACUGUACCAACACCAAGGGAUCGUUCUACUGUACCUGUCAUUUGGGAUACUCAGGAGAUGGAGCCACGUGUGUUGAUAUCAACGAGUGCCAAUCCACAGCCCUAGCAGUAUAUCAUGGUCACUACGCACACAACUGUCAUGCUGAUGCUAACUGUACCAACACCAAGGGAUCGUUCUAUUGCACCUGUCAUGUUGGGUAUUCGGGAAAUGGAGUCACGUGUGUUGACAUAGACGAGUGUGCCAAAGGUACACACAACUGCCAUGUUGAUGCCAAUCGUACCAACACCAAGGGAUCGUUCUAUUGUACCUGUCAUACGGGAUACUCAGGAGAUGGUGUCACGUGUGUUGACAUCAACGAGUGUCAUUCCAAUGCGUUGGCCCCAAACCAUACUCACUACGCACAUAACUGUCAUGCUGAUGCUAACUGUACCAACACCAAGGGAUCGUUCUACUGUACCUGUCUCGUUGGAUAUGCUGGAGAUGGAGUCGAAUGUACAGAUAUCAACGAAUGUUUUCCAGAGAGUAUACAAAAAGGCUAUAAAAGCUUAGCUCACAACUGUCAUGCUGAUGCUAACUGUACCAACACCAAGGGAUCGUUCUACUGUACCUGUCAUACGGGAUACUCAGGAGAUGGUGUCACUUGCAACAAUAUUAACGAAUGCCGAACCACAGCCCUAGCAAUAUACCACAGCCAUUAUGCUCACAACUGUCAUGCUGACGCAAAUUGCACUGAUACGAAGGGAUCGUUCUACUGUACCUGUCAUACGGGAUACUCUGGAAAUGGGGUCACGUGUGUUGACAUCAACGAGUGCCAUACCACAGCCCUAGCAUUAUAUCAGGUUCACUAUGCACACAACUGUCAUGCUGAUGCUAACUGUACCAAUACCAAGGGAUCGUUCUACUGUACCUGUCAUACGGGAUACUCUGGAGAUGGAGUCACGUGCGUUGAUAUCAAUGAGUGCCAGACCACAGCUCUUGCAGUAUACCACAAUCACUACGCACACAACUGCCAUGCUGAUGCUAACUGUACCAACACCAAGGGAUCGUUCUACUGCACCUGUCAUACGGGAUACUCGGGAGAUGGAGUCACGUGUGUUGAUAUAAACGAGUGUGGCGUUUCAAGUCUUGCUUCUCAUCACAAGCACUACGCACAUAACUGUCAUGGUGAUGGAGUUUGUGUAAACACCAAGGGUUCCUUCUACUGUUCCUGUAAAUUUGGAUAUACCGGUGAUGGUGUCAACUGUACAGGUAAAAUUUCCUUGGAAUAA